UCUACCUGCACCCGUUGCCACAGGUAACCGACAGGCAGGACAAGGUGUCGAUCUUGCUCAUUAGCGAUCAAGGUUAUAUGUUUGUAAAGCUCAAGAUGGAAGGUUGCUCACUGGAUACGCCUCUGAAAGAGAAAGAGUAAACUGGUGCAGCCAUGGUCGACGAGGAGGAGAAGGAGGAGGUGGAGGACAAAGUAGUCGUCUGCUCACAGGCAGCCAUGUUCUAUCGUACCCAUCAGUACGAUCGAGCUAUCGCUCGCUACACAAAGGCGCUGGAACUAAUUCCCAACGACAAGAAAUGUCUUCUGGCUCGCUCCAGAUGCUACCUGGCGCUAGGAGAUACAAAGAAAGCUCUUCAAGAUGCUACAAGUUGUCUGGACCAGGAUAAAACAUACUACAAAGGUAUAUUGCAAAAGGCAGAGGCCCUCUACCAUCAAGGCGAAUUUGAAAAAGCGCUUGUAUUGUAUCAUCGUGGUAGCAAACUUCGCCCUACCUUGCCGGAGUUUCGACUGGGAAUUCACAAAACUCAGGAGGCUAUUAACAACUGUGUAGAUGGACCACAGAGGGUGACACUCAACACCACCGGAGACCUGUCAUUUUUUGAAGAUCGAGAUGAGAGUGAGAAGAAGAAGCGAGUGUCAUCCACAGUCGCGCCAGCAGGUGGCGUGCAGCCCCAGAAAGCUGGUGGCAAGCGAAAGGUGGUUCGUGGUCAGGCCUACAACAGGGCCAUACAGCAGCUACUGCGAGAACUGUAUGGUGACAGGCGGUAUCUGGAGAAGCUUCACACACAGUUAGACGUUGAUACCCACGCCGGCAGACUGGUUUGUGACGCGGCAGAAGAGGGACUUCAUUACCUAGAUACCCGUACUGACUUCUGGCACCAGCAGAAGCCUAUGUACGCUCGCCGCUACGAGAUUAUGAUGCUAAGGAAACGCUUCCCCAAUGUCAAGGCCGUGUACGACCAAAUCAUCAUUGAUGAACUCGAGAAGAUUGAUGAAGCUCAAACUAUGGGCAAGUACCGAGACUCAAUGAAGCGUGCCCUGAAAUGUCUUGACACCAUUGAAACCUAUACCGAAAGGCAGCUGACCAACAAGAUGGCGUUUAAGGCACAGCUGUACAGCUGCAUAGGUAAUGCCUACCUUGAAACUGGAAAGUAUGAUAAAGCUCUGGCCAAUCACCUGGUGGACUUCAACCUUGGUGAGACCUGCAAUAUGGAGGAGGCAAUGUCUCGAGGACUGGACAACCUCGGUCGUGUACACGCUAGGGGAGGGAACUUUACGCAGGCAAUCAAACUGUGGGAGGCAAAGCUUCCAUUGUCCAAAACGACAUUAGAAACUACCUGGCUAUGUCACGAAAUCGGCCGCUGUUACCUGGAGCUGCGUCUGUACACCAAAGCCAGGGAGUACGGUCAGCGAUCGCUGGAGGCAGCCCAACAAGCUGGUGAACUCAGCUGGCAGCUUCAUGGCCGGGUUCUGAUUGCACAAGCUGAAGUCAAGCUGGAAGAAUAUGAAUCUGCCUUGUCCAGUUUUAUGAAGUCCCUGGAACUAUCUGCGACUUUGCAGGACCAUUCAGCAGAAGGAGCCAUUAGGAAAGCCAUGCUUGAAGUCAAAGCCAAAUUGUUUGCAUUAUCCAAAGGACAAGAGGCAAACGAGAUAACCCAAGCAGUGGAGCAAGAAUCUGAACAUCCUUCAUCACAGGAGCCUAAAUGUGAAAUUACUGUGUCCAAACCAACAGAAUCUGAACAUCAAACAUCACAGGAGUCAAAAUGUGAAGUAACUGUGCCAGAAACAUCACAGCACACAUCGCAGCAACCAAGUUCAGAGCAAGCUGCAACUGAGGUGGAGGAACCAAAAGCAGAAGCCAUACCAUAACAGCACUGGAGGAUAUAUGGGUGGGCGGAUUCAGAAAACAUACUGGAAGAGAUAUUUUGAUAAGGUGUUUUAAGAAUGUGACAUAGACUUCAUGUCUGAUGAUCAGGCCACUGGUGUCUCAACAGCAGCAGCAAUGAAAACCAUACAUAAAGAUCAGAAACAGGGUUAAGUGAUGUAUAAAGGUAACAACUAUUCCUAACAAUCAAAAAAAAAAAAAAAAGGAUAAACUUUAAAGUAAAGUAGAAAGGUCAAAAAGAUGUUGGUCAAAUAUGUUGGCUGUUAUUAAAUUUGUAUUUUUUAGUGGUCUUAUUUUUCUUGAUAUGUUUCAAUCACCUUCAAAAAAUGAUUUAAGUUACAGUAACUAUCUUUCAUUUAGUACUCCAUAUAUGAGAGUUUCUUGAAGAUAAUCUACACAGAACCAAUUUCAAACACUUGCACUGUUGUGACACAAUAACAUUUACUGUUAUUAUAUCAAAAGAAUGGUCAUUUAAAAUCUGGAAACUACAAUUUAUUGUGUAUUCUGUUUUAAGACAGUAAUGAGUGUAUUUUAUUGUUUUCAUCCCAAACCGUGAACUAACUUGCUAAGAAAAGAAAGUGGAUUGUAAAUAUAUCCUUCCCUCAUACCUGAACUCAUGUGUGGGUUUGUAGGAAAUAGACAAGAAUUAUUUUAUUCCACACUAUGCCAGAAUUUAAAGCACAUAGAAAAAAAGAUUAAGUGUAUGACUAUAAAUUGUAAUUGUGUAGGAUUUUUUUUAUUAACAUGACAACCAUAUUAUGUAAAUGUAACCGAGUGGUGGGGGCUGUGGAGUGACAACAGUCCAACACUCAAACCAAAAAGGCAGGAACAGUCAGCAGGUGUGCGACCCUUUAAUGCUUGGAAAAUGGUCACGGCUGCGUCAGGUCGCCCGAGGCGCUAGUAGUCAAGGCUGUCUCUUCUCCAUCGUGUAGCUGUUCUGUCCUUUCACCUCAGCUCUGCCCUUAUAUACCUCUCGGGAGGGUAAACUUUUCGCGAUCCUCCUGUAUGGCCGGGGCAAUUAGCCGUUUUACCCUAGACAAUCACCACUGAUUGCCCUCUCUCGCAUGCCUCAGCAGAUCCCACCAAAAACUAACAAGAGCCAGUCUACCAACCCUCUACAUAAAGAUAACUGCAUGUCUAUUCAGCAUAUGUUUAAAUAAUACUAACUUUAGCUAACUUUAAUUAGGUCUGUGUUUUCUACCUUGUAUUUGUCUGCUGCUGUCUCUGUAUAACUGCUUGUUGAUAUGUUAGGUCUGUGUCUGAUUUGUGUGUUGUAGAUUUUUUAUAAUCUGUAUUUUGAUCUCUGUUGUAAGGUGCAUUGACUUGAAAAAUGUACGAAAUAAAUUUAUUUAUUUUCAUUAUUACUUUGAUCAUAUCUUACUUCAUGACUUUCUGUGCAUUCAACUUCCAUGAAACUAAUGAUGACAACCAUUAUACCACAGACUCAUAUGGCCUUUGAGAAUAAAUAAACUUAGUGUAUUAUGUGCAGUUUUCCCACAUUUAUAUCAUCAGUGAACAGCAUGCAUCACAUUCAGAUAAAUGACUAAAAUGAGACUGAUACGCUUUAUCUUUCCAUUUCAGUCAAUACCUAUUGUGUCUACAAAUUUACAUCACAAUGAGCCAAAGAAAGAAGGACAGCAACUUAUGCAGUCAAUGUCUAUAUAUUUUCUGUAUAAUCGCUAGAUAUUUUAUCUAAAUCUGAUAUUUAUGGCUUUGGCAGGGUAAACUUAAUAACCGGUUGUUCCUUUUAUAUUACAUUGACAAUACAAAUACUGAUAUGGCAUUACACAUUUGGCAGUUGUUGCAGACUGAUAAGCAACUACGACACAUUUAAUAGUUUCAAUUUGAUAUAACAGCAUGAAAAUGUAUGACAAAUUUUAUUCUUAGGUAUCAUAAAUGAAUGAAAGUUUAUAUUUAAUAACCUUGUCAUGUACGGCAUUAUAUCAAUAAACAAGGAAUUGUUAAAUGCCAUUUACAGACUGAUAAUAUACCACUGAACUCCCAAAGUGCCAUAUACACACUGAUAAUACUGCAUUUUACUUUUAAUAGUUUCAGCUGACAUGUGCAGAGUAAUGAUAUGGCAAAGUAUCUUUAGUGUCUUCAAGUAUGAUAAUACCUAAAAACUUGGCAAAGCUUGAAGUCUUUGAAAAAAUAUGCUUUUAGUUUUAAUAGAAAUAUGUAUUGCCUUUGAUCUAUGCAAAAACAGUUCAAUUGUCUCUCAAGUUUUAGUAGAUUUUAGAAUCAGAUUAAUACUAACACAAAAACCAAGGACUGAAAAGUCACUGCACAGGUGUACUGACCCAUAGGUGUAUCUUUCCAAGUGUACUAGCCCAUAAGCAUUUCUAGGUGUACUGACCCAUAGGCAUAUCUUUCUAAGUGUACUAACCCAUAAGCAUUUCUAGGUGUACUGACCAGAUUUCUUGUAGCUGUGUUGGAAAAAAGUUUCCCAUUGUAAUAGAAGCUAAAUGUGAUUUAGCACAACCGACUGAUUAUAAACAAUGUGAUUGACAGCACCUACUGAUUGUAAUUAUUGCAUAAAUGAAAAGUGUGGCUAGUACAUGUGGUGGAACUGAAUAUUUGGCAUUGGCUACAUGGUCUUCCUCUUUUGAUCCAUGUUAUCUGUUGCAUAUUUGGCCAGAAAUGGCAGUUGUCCUGUUUCUGCACAGACUGUAUUGAUGCAUCUCUAUAAUAUAUAUAUUGUUUUUUGAGUUAUCUUUUUAUUAAAAAUUUAUUCAGUAAACAUUUCUUAAAUUUUUGGAAUGGCUCACCUAGAGUUCAGCUACACGUUUCCACUCAACUGACCUAACAGUAAGCAUUUAUGGAGAGAGUAUAUGCAAAUUUGCAAGUGGGUGACUUUCCAGAGAGUUCCACAACUUCAUUGACAGCUGUACAUAAACACAAUGUAAAUUUUGCUUUUACCCUUUGACUGCUCCACUUGGUGAUUUAUAAAUCGUUCAACAUUAUGGUGUGCUUGUAAUAACAAAGAAGAGGAGAAGGCAAUAAAAAGCACACUGAUCUGUAUUACAAGGAUGUGACACAGACCACAGACCAAUAACCUUAGAAAUACCAAAUUGUGAUGUAUCACUCUUAGGAAGGAGAAAUGAGUAAAGACCAGACAAAAAGAAAAGGAAACCAUCUUUCCUACUACAUGUAUAUAAAAUGACCUCCUAAGUCAAAUUAUCUAGGACACAUAGUAACAGUAAUAAUCCUACAAAUCUUCACAAAAAAAAAACCAUAUGGACUUAAAAAC